AACUACUUAAUGCAUUAGUGUGUUCAAAUAGUGUUGUUUGUAUGUAAACGUUCCAGAUUCACCAACAUGUUGAGAAAACUAUUACUAUAAGAAAAUUGUAGUAAUUGCAAAGAUGUCACUUGAUAGACGAUAGGAAACUCAGUAAUGUUAUAAAUUGGGUGCAUAGUCCUUAACUGUUAAAGAUUCAAGUGAUAUUUUAAGAAACAUUGUCUAUUUAGCCAAGAAUGGAAUCAAAUCAUCGAAAAAUAUCGUCUAAAACAAAUCAUAAACGCACUUAUGAUGUUAGAUUAACCGAGGACACCACUUGUGGUAUUUGGUUUUUGAAAGGACCUUGGCUCCAAAGAUUCGCAAAUAAGAAAGCUUAUGUCUUCUUGUAUGGAUUACUAGGAUGUGUAUUUUCAGCAGCAUAUGCCUAUUUUAAUGGUACUAUUACAACACUGGAAAAAAGAUUUAAAAUACCAAGCAGAACAACAGGCAUAAUUACCGUUGGAAAUGACUUAAGUCAGUUAUUUGUCUCCGUAAUUCUGAGUUACUACGCCGGGAGAGGGCAUAGACCGAGGUGGAUGGCUCUUGGGAUGUAUACUGUGGUCCUUUUUUGUCUUUUAACGGCAUUGCCUCACUUUCUUUGUGGAGCUGGAUCCGACGCUCUCACACUCACGGUGGAAUACCGAACCCACGAUCGCAAUUCCACCAUUGACGCUCUAGAUCGUGUGCAAAAGAAAGCUUUAUGUCACCGAAAAAAUUCGACCACAUCUGAUUGCGAGAUGGAAGGAGGGAAUUACUCGCCUCAGUUAAUUCUCUUUAUUGCACAGUUUAUAUCUGGAAUUGGAGGAUCACUCUACUACACUCUUGGUGUCUCCUACAUGGAUGACAACAUCAAGAAAUCCAAAACACCAGCUUUGUUCAGUUUUUCGUAUUUUAUUCGAAUGUUGGGUCCUGCGGUUGGGUAUGGUUUGGCUUCGUUUUGUCUAAAAUUGUACAUUUCGCCAAGUUUGACACCAACUAUAGACAAUAAUGACCCUCGAUGGUUAGGUGCUUGGUGGCUUGGUUGGAUAAUUUUAGCUAUAGUGAUUUUCAUUUUUGCAUCUUUGCUCGCCUUGUUUCCUAAAACUCUUCCACGAGCAGCUGUACGAAAAGAGUUACUCAAAAAACAAAUAUCUAAAGUUAAUGAAAAAUUUGAACCGGAACCAGAAUUACCAACAUCGUUUAAAGAUAUGUUGGUGACUUUUAAACGUCUAAUUUACAAUCCGACUCUAAUGUUGAAUAAUUUUGCGGCAAUUUUCUAUUUCUUGGGAUACAUGCCGUAUUGGAUUUUUUUACCGAAGUACAUAGAAACGCAAUAUCGUCAAUCAGCUUCUGCAUCUAGUUUGAUAACAGGAAGUGCCGGUCUCGUAUUUUCAGCAAUUGGUAUUCUACUAUCAGGACUUAUUAUUUCCAAGUAUAAGCCACGUGCACGAUACUUAGCGGCUUGGAACGUAAUUGUGGGAGCGAUUUCAGUUCUUGGUAUUGUUUCAUAUGCUUACUUAGGAUGUGCUGAAAAUGACAACAGAGCUCCUUUACUACCAAACGGAGAAUUAAAUCCAGUAACUGAAUGUAAUUCGCAUUGCUUUUGUGAUUAUGUAAAAUACAAUCCUGUGUGUUCGCAAGAUGGGACGACGACUUUUAUAUCAGCGUGUCAUGCUGGUUGUAGACAGUCAAGGAAAAUCAAUGGGACCGAGAUCUUUUCCGAUUGUUCUUGCAUCCUAACGAAUCAAACUUAUUUGGUGGAUUUUAAUCACACAUUUCACGAAGGCGGGUUUGCGACGCCGGGAAAUUGCUCCGUGGAUUGUUUAUCGAAAUUUUACAUUUUUCUAAUUGUUGUCUGUCUUUUGAAGUUUAGUGGGGCYACUGGACGGGCGUCGAAUUUUUUAGUUACAGUGAGGUGCGUGGAGGAGAAGGAUAAACCCGUAGCAAUGGGUUUCGGUUUGAUGCUAAUGAGUCUUUGUGCUUUCGUUCCCUCACCCAUCCUUUUCGGAAUAAUCUUAGAUAAGGCCUGUCUGGUGUGGGGAAAGACUUGUACCGGAAAUGGAAACUGUUGGUUAUAUAAUGGAAAAACCUUAAGAUACACAAUGAAUUUCACAGCGGCGACAUUCGUUCUGAUUGGAACACUCUUCGAUGCUGGCGUCUGGUUUUUUGUCAAAGGAUUAAAAAUAUUUGACGAAGAAAUUGAACUUGAACUAGAAGAUUUAGCUAGUUAACAAGUGCCCAGUUAUGUUUUCUCCUCUCAAAUCUUUAGAUUAGACCUUGUAAAUAAAUCACAAAUUGCUCU